CUUCGAAUGUAUAGACAUAAAUGCACACCUAUAGUAAAUGGUGAAUUGUUCUUGGUGUUUUCUUUUUGCACACUAUCACGCUGACAGCUUGUCGAGCAACGAAGAUAUUUAUUUUUAAGCGCUGCACAAUAUCCAGAGGAACUACAUUUCCCGACAUGCCUUAAUGUAAAACACUCCCAAGGCCUGACGUUUACGGAUGUUAUGGAAAAACGUGCACCGGUGUGAAUUUAAAUGUUUGCUUAUUUUACAGUAUAAAAGAAAUAGAACUGUCCCAUGAUGUCGGAGAUAAAAAGGGUUUUCCCACAGAUUGCCUUAAAGCCUGAAGUGCAGGACUAUCUUCACAGUAUCUAUACUAACAAUGAGCUGUUGAAGGAACUAGGAGAGACGGUGGCUGAGCGAAUAUUCGAUUCUCUGUUAUCCUGUCUGUCCCACCCACCCUCUCUUACCUGCCUGAGAGCCAGUACACACAUUCACACCCUACAGGACAUUCAGCACAAACUGGAGCAACACCUCAUUCAGGAAGAAGCUAAUGGUUGUAACGGCAGUCUUUCCAUUCCCAUCCUCCAUAACCCACAACUCCCAGAUGUGCUGCUGAUUCCAGUCAUCGGACCAAGGGAUGUGAGUGUACUAAAUUCAGAAGUGAUUGUCGAUGCACAGUGUGGCAGUGCCGUAUUGAGAGGUGCACAUGUGUUUGCUCCGGGCGUCCUCAGUGCACCUAAAUUUUUGAAGGCAGGUGGUGUAGUGUCAGUGUUUUCUGUUGUGGAGGGAAGAUGCACACGUGGAGCUAAAGAAUUUCUGGGAAAAAAGGUGUUUCUUGGAAAUGGUGUCUCCAUGAUGGACCGUUCUGAUAUAUUUUGUGCUGAGGGGCCUGUAAGGGGCGUGGCUAUCAGGAUGGUAGACUCUCUUUACCGAAGCCCAUGCUUUGAUGGCGUGCUGCAAAAUGAGGUGUUCCUUCAGAACCUCCCAUCAGUCGUGGUGGGACAUGUUUUGGGUCCUCGCCCUGGUGAGAGGAUUUUAGACAUGUGUGCAGCCCCGGGAGGGAAGACCACACACAUAGCUGCACUCAUGGGUAAUCAGGGUGUGGUAAUUGCUCUGGACAAAAUUAAAUCCAAAGUGGAGAAGAUUUGUGAAAACGCUCGCGCUUUGCAGCUUGACUGUAUUAAUGCAUAUUGUUACAACAGCAUACAUGCCGUCUGCUCCGAUACUACCCAGCAAUGUACAGAUGCUCCUCCUUUUCCAGAAGAGAGUUUCGAUCGUAUAUUGUUAGAUGCUCCAUGCAGUGGUUUGGGACAGAGACCUAACAUGGCAGUGAGUUGGAGUCUGAAGGAAGUGCGUUCAUACCCACCUUUACAGAGAAAACUCCUAAGCACGGCGGUGCGACUCUUGAAAAAGGGAGGCGUAUUAGUAUAUAGUACCUGCACUGUAACUCUGGCUGAGAAUGAAGAACAGGUGGCCUGGGCAUUAAAAACAUUUCCAUGUUUAACACUAGAGCCACAGAAGCCCCAUCUCGGAUCUGCAGGCAUGCCUGGAGCUGCAUUAUCAUGUGACCAGCGACGGGUGCUACAAAGGUUCCGACCAGAACUAGUAUGGGAUGGGACAAACAGCGGUCUGCUUUCCGAGGACCUUAUACAAAAAGCCAAUUCUGACACUAUAGGCUUCUUCAUAGCAAAGUUCAGCAAGAGAUAGAGGGCUUUAAAACACAUGCACUGCCUCAGACAUGUCUGCUCACAGGUGCAUAUUAGGGGAGGUGCAGGAGAGAGAGAGAGAGCAACCAGAUCAGAAAGAUGGAAGGAUGGGAAGGUUGAAUGGAUAGACGGCAUGAAUGGAAGAAAAACAGCAGUGUGGGCGGUGCCAUGCGUACUUUUUCUGUUGCUAUGGCGACUGUGACGCAACAGCUGCUAUGGUGAUGGCUGGUUUGCGUGACCAGUGGAGUGUGUGCAAGAAGCAGCAUGCAGUCAGAGGACAGGACAGUACUGACGGAUCCUUCCAGAUCCAGCUAAUGACUGACAAUUUGUUUCCUUUAAAUAGCAGAUUCACGUAACAUUUGCUUGUUAUGCAAUUUCAUAUUAAUUGAACAAUUUUAAAGCUUGAGGUUGUUUAUUGUUAUGAGUGCACUUUUAACUAAAUAAAAUUACCAAGU